GUGGUGCGGCCUACGGAGGGCCUGCUGCGGCUGGGCGGGCGGCACUACUGGUCCGUCAACUCGCUGCUCAUGCUGCUCAAGCUGCUGGACGAACACUACCUGGGGCUGCUGCCGGCUGCAGCGCAACAACAACAACAGCAGCAGCAGACGGCAGGGGCAGCAGGGGGAGCAGCAGGGGGAGGAGCAGGAGCAGGAGCAGCGUUCGCGUCUGCCUCCGCCAGGCGCAUGUUGCAGCACCAGCAGCAGGGGCAGCAGCAGGGGCUGGGACUGUUGUCCCAUGCAGGUACGGCAGCAACUCCAGCAGCAGCAGGCGGUGGAGGUGGCGGAGGCAGCUGGGCGCUGGCAGCGCUGGGUCCCGAUGUGGCUCACCGCUGCGUGGAGCUGAUCCGAGCCUUCAACACCAC